GGUUACCAAAUUGGCUUGCUGCAGUAUACAACAAUAUACCUUAAUUAUGUGCAUGAAAAAAACAUCAUCAAUUCUUACGAGUUUUUCUUUUAAUGCUGUGUUUGCCUAUAUCUGUAUAUUCCUAGCACUAGUGCCUUAAUUUAUGUCUCUUCCAGCUUAUUCAGGGCUAUAUAUUAAGUGUUUUGACCUUCCAUAUAAUGCCAAAUCACAUCAUAUGAUGGUGAAUUAUAAGGGACUCCUUUCAUAACAACUGUACCUAUAGGAUAAGAUGAGCAACAUCUCAGUCAUGAGGCUGAUAUUGCUCGUGGUGUUUCUGGGAUGGCUCAUUGUUUGGGUUCUCUUACCGACGAAGGUUUACAAAAAUUCUUGGACUCCAAAGCUAAACAGUAAACUGAAUUCCACAUAUUUUGGAACCCAAGGAACAAAUCUUCUGCUAUUUUCAUUUCCGGUGAUGUUCAUAGCUGCUUUUGGAUGUGUUCAUCUCCAUUUUCAUAAGAAUAAACGAGGAAAUUCCAGCUCCAAAAGCAACGUCAAAGGCAAUCUUUUGUCCUUCUUCAGACGUCCAGUGCUUGUGAUGGCUCCUUUAGGGAUUGUUACUGCAAUGGAGAUUGCUUUUUCAGCCAUGUUUAUUGCACUGAUGAUCUGGUCUCUUGCCAACUACUUGUAUAUCAGUUUUGGUAAUCUCCAUAUGCAUGUUGAAGGGGAGAAAGUGUGGCAAGCAAAGUUUCGAAGCGUAUCACUGAGGCUUGGAUAUAUUGGAAAUGUAUGCUGGGCCUUUCUCUUCAUUCCAGUGACUCGAGGAUCUUCCCUUUUACAUCUUGUUGGACUCACAUCUGAGUCCAGUAUCAAGUAUCAUAUAUGGCUGGGGCAUCUCUCAAAUAUCCUUUUUGCUGCACAUACCAUGGGUUUCAUCAUUUACUGGGCAAUGACUAAUGAAAUGGCUGAGAUGCUAGAGUGGAGCAAAACCUACGUCUCAAAUGUUGCUGGGGAGAUUGCCAUGGUUCUUGCAGUGGCAAUGUGGCUGACAAGCAUUCAUCGCAUCAGGCGCAAAAUGUUUGAGCUUUUCUUCUACACCCACCAUUUGUAUAUUCUCUACAUACUCUUCUAUGUAUUGCAUGUUGGCGCUGCCUACACGUGCAUGAUCCUACCUGGGAUCUUCCUUUUCCUCAUUGAUCGAUAUUUAAGAUUCUUACAGUCAAGGCAACGGGUUAGAUUAGUCUCAGCUCGCCUUCUACCAUGUGGAACUGUUGAGCUGAACUUCUCUAAGGACAGAGGAUUGCAUUAUAACCCAACAAGCAUAUUAUUCCUAAAUGUGCCUACCAUUUCCAAGCUACAGUGGCACCCAUUUACUGUGACUUCAAACUGCGACGCAGAACCGGAGAGGCUAAGUGUAAUUAUCAAAUGUCAGGGAAGUUGGUCUCAAAAGCUUUACCGGGAAAUUUCUUCUGUAGAUCGUCUUGAAUUGUCUGCUGAAGGACCUUAUGGACCUACUUCAUCUCAUUUCUUAAGGCAUGAGUUGCUCGUGAUGGUGAGUGGGGGCAGUGGUAUAGCUCCCUUUAUCUCCAUAAUCCGCCAGAUCAUUUUCGAAAGCACACAGCCAAACUGUCAUAUUCCUCAAGUCCUUCUGGUUUGUUCUUUCAAGAAUUCAACUGAGCUUGCCGUACUUGACCUCCUGCUUCCCAUCGACGGCGCGCCUGCAGAACUUACAAAAGUGCAACUCCAAAUUGAAGCUUAUAUAACUAGAGAGAAAGAUCAACCUAUUGAAGACACUGAAAAGCUCCUCCAAACCAAAUGGUUCAAGCCAAGUCCAUCAGACUCACCCAUAACUGCAGUUCUAGGCCCCAACAAUUGGUUAUGGCUUGGCGCAAUAAUCGCUUCAUCAUUUGUCAUGUUCCUCCUGUUACUAGGCAUUAUCACUCGUUACUAUAUUUACCCCAUUGAUCAUAACACUGGCGUCGUAUAUCAUUAUUCCUAUUAUAUACUAUGGGAUUUGUUUUUGGCCUGUGUCUGCAUAUUUGUUGCUUCUAGUGCAGCCUUCCUUUGGUUCAAGAAAGGAAAUGCCAUGGAGGGGAAGCAAAUCCAGAACCUGGAGAUUCCAACUCCAACAUUAUCAUCAGGUUCAUGGUUUUACAGUGCCGAUAGAGAGCUCGAAAGCCUUCCUCGUCAAUCCCUUGUCCAAGCUACUAAGGUGCAUUUUGGUGGAAGACCUGACCUCAAGAGAAUUCUGUUUGAUUGCAAGAGAUCAGAUGUUGGAGUGUUAGCCUGUGGGCCAAGGGGAAUGAGACAUGAAGUUGCCAAAAUCUGUUCAUCUGGCCUGGCAGAUAACCUCUACUUCGAGUCUAUUAGUUUUAACUGGUGAUGCAAUACUUCUAGUAUACAGCGAGUUGGUAUCUUAAUUUUUCUUUUUUGGUGUGUGUGUGUGGAUAUCAAGCAAUAAAGGAGCCCAAGCCUGAGCAACUGUUCAUAUAAUGUGAAUCUGUAAUGCAAAGUUGCUAAUAGUAUUCAGCAUGAAGAAUAAUGACCUAAA